GGCCAGAGCCUUGUUAUCUUGGUAGAGUCCCUUUUGAAGGCCAAAGCUUGGCCACAAUUGAAGCAGGAGCAAAGCAUUAUCCCUUUGGGUUGAAUUCCAAUAAUCCGUUAGCACUUUUUUCAGUGGCUCUGGUGCUACCAUUGCGUUCCACCAAUCGCCACUGCCACACAAAUACACUUCACUACAGACAAAUAAAACUCCCUCUUUUCUCUCACACGUAUUACUACUUUUAUAACAUUCUAUACUACCGCUACUUGCACUUUCCCACACUUCAUUCAGUCAAGUGAUCCACCACUUCAAUCCCUUCAAUCCCAAUUCCGCAGUGACAUUUGCAAGUUGUCUGCUUCACCAUGCCACCAAAGCCUUUAGACUAUGUGUCAAUAAAUGAAAACGUGAAGAAGAGUCAAUAUGCUGUCAGAGGUGAAUUAUACCUUCGUGCUUCCGAGCUUCAGAAAGAGGGAAAAAAGAUUAUAUUUACUAAUGUUGGCAACCCACAUGCUUUGGGACAGAAACCGCUGAGCUUCCCUCGCCAGGUUGUUGCUUUGUGCCAAGCUCCAUUCCUACUAGAUGAUCCUAAUGUUGGUUUGCUAUUCCCUGCUGAUGCAAUUGCAAAAGCUAAACACUAUAUCUCAUUGACCUCGGGUGGUUUAGGGGCUUAUAGUGACUCCCGAGGCCUACCAGGAGUGAGAAAGGAAGUGGCAGAGUUCAUACUCAGGCGUGAUGGUUAUCCAAGUGAUCCAGAGCUCAUUUAUCUCACUGAUGGUGCCAGCAAGGGUGUGAUGCAGAUAUUAAAUACUAUCAUCAGUGGCCAAGACGAUGGGAUUUUGGUUCCAGUCCCACAAUACCCACUCUACUCAGCAACAAUCUCUCUGCUUGGUGGAACCCUUGUUCCAUACUACCUUGAAGAGACAGCAAAUUGGGGUCUUGAUGUUAAUGAACUUCGUCAAUCAGUUGCACAGGCUCGCUAUAAAGGAAUAACUGUUAAAGCAAUGGUGAUCAUAAAUCCUGGAAACCCUACUGGUCAAUGCGUUAGUGAAGCUAAUCUUGUAGAGAUUUUGCGCUUCUGUUAUGAAGAAAAUUUAGUCUUGCUUGGAGAUGAGGUUUACCAGCAGAAUAUAUAUCAAGAUGAACGACCCUUCAUUAGUUCUAAAAAGGUUUUGAUGGACUUGGGACCACCUAUAAGCAAAGAAGUCCAGCUUAUUUCUUUUCACUCCGUGUCAAAAGGUUAUUAUGGUGAAUGUGGACAGCGGGGUGGAUAUUUUGAAAUGACCAACAUUCCUCCACAGACGGUUGAGGAGAUCUACAAGGUUGCAUCUAUAUCACUCAGUCCAAAUGUUCCAGCACAAAUAUUUAUGGGAAUUAUGAUGAAUCCACCUCAACCUGGAGAUAUUUCUUACGACCAAUAUGUUAGGGAGAGCAAAGGAAUACUUGAAUCACUGAGAAGAAGAGCAAGAAUAAUGACUGAUGGAUUCAACAGUUGCAGAAAUGUGGUUUGUAAUUUCACUGAAGGUGCCAUGUAUUCAUUCCCUCAAAUACGCUUGCCCCCAAGAGCUUUAGAGGCCGCUAAACAGGCUGGAAAGGUUCCAGAUGUUUUCUACUGCCUCAACCUUUUGGAAUCCACUGGCAUAUCCACUGUUCCUGGUUCAGGAUUUGGACAGAAAGAAGGGGUCUUCCACUUGAGGACAACUAUUUUACCAGCUGAGGAAGACAUGCCUGCUAUUAUGGAUAGUUUCAAAAAGUUCAAUGAUGAAUUCAUGGAGCAAUACGAAGACAAUAGAGGUUAUUCAAGGCUGUAAGAACAUCAUCGUAAAAGUUGCAUUAUACUCUUGCACUUAUGGAAGCACUUCAAUCCAUCCAUACUGUUUAUCCUUAAUUGGAUAUAAUUCUAAAACCUUACAUUCUCUUCUAUAUAAUCUCUGAACUGACAAUCUUUUAGGUGUAUAUUUAAUCUCUCUUGAACCUUUGUUAUCUUGUGGCAUGGCAAACAAUCGUCUUAAAUGUGAUGGUUCUCUCUCUGUCAUGUUUUUUAAA